AUGGCCGAUUUUGUUUUUGGCGAUUUUUCUGAACAAGAAACAGAAAAAUUCUUCGGUCAUGAUAAACAAUGUGUGAAGUUAAACGAACCUGAGUUUCCAUGGGCAACUGAUGAUUGUAUGACAACAACUAUUGAAUUUGGUUUCGAUGUUCCACCAGUUAUAUCACCAUCAGGUGUUGCAGGUGUUUCAUAUCCAACAUAUAAUUCUUGUAAUGGAAGUUCAUCUCAUCAAGAAUCAACAAGUUCUGCAUUAACAUCUCCACCAUAUUCAUCUAAAAGUUCAUCUAUUGAAAAUUUAAAAAUAACAAAACAAUCAUCAUCAUCACGUAAUCAUCAUCAUAGUGAUAGAAAAUUAAAGAAAAAACGUCCACCAAAUUAUUAUCGACAAGAAUAUCAACAAAUGCUUGAACCAUCUACACUUCAUCAACAACAAUCUAAUGGACAAAAUGAUGAAACAACACCAACACAAAUACGUUCAAAUGAACAAACACCACAAAUAGAACAAAAUUCAAAUGAAUCAAAUUUAUUAUUAUUAUCAUCGAAUGAUGAUAGAUAUAUUACAUGUGAUCAAUGGGUUCAUUCAACUAUGAAACAUCAAAUGACAAAUAAUGAUGAUGAUCAAUCAUCAUCAAAACAAUCAACUAAUGAUGAUGAUGAUAUCGAUUCAGAUGAACCUGGAACAACAACAGAUACAGAUAAUGAUAAUGAUCUUCUUCAAAGUACAUCAACAACUCGUCCAAGUUAUCCCGUUAAUAUAAUCCCAUCCGAUCAACAAUCAGAAAAUAAAUCCAAUCAAAAUUCUACUCAACAUUUAUUAAGUACACCGAAUCAAUUAACAAAUGAUUUAAAUAUUUAUUCAACAUCAGUUGCAAGUGGAGCAUCAAUUGAAACAUUAAAACCAUCAAAUAAUCUUUCAUCACCAUUAUCUUCACCUAAUAAACACAAUGAUUUACCAAAGUCAAAACCAACAUCAUGGGCAGAUUUAUUUCGUAGUCAGACAGCAUCAUCAUCAUCAUCAUCAUCAUUAUCAAAUACUCAAAUUUCUCUUCCACAACAAGCAACUAGUCCAAUUAAAAAAUCCCAAACAAUACCAACAUCUACUUCAACAACAUCAAAUCUUACUGGAACACAAAUCUCAACAAUAUUACCAUCACAACAACAACAACAACAACAAAAUGGAAAUAUUACACCAAAAACAAAUACAAAUAGUUUUUAUUUAAAACCAAAUUAUCAUGUUUAUAAUAGCAAUGGUUUAGAAUCAAAAUCAUUAGAAGAUUAUUUUUCCAAAUGUGAAGUACGUCCAUCAGCAAUGGCUAUUAAACCUCGUGGUUUAAUAAAUAAAAAUAAUUAUUGUUAUAUUAAUGCUACUCUUCAAGCACUUCUUGCUUGUCCUGCUUUUUUUAAUGUGAUGAAAUAUAUCCCACUUAAAGAAGAUCCUAUUGAUCAUAAUGUUCCAUGUAUCAAAGCUGUUCACUUAUUUGUUAAUCAAUUUGAAAAAAUGGAUCGAAGUAAAUCAAAUUCAGCAAAUCAUAAAGAUAUAAUAUGUGGUCAACCAUUUGAUCCAGUUGAUAUUCUUGAAGAAAUAGCUCGUCUUCGUCAUGUAUCUAUUGAUAUUGUUAAAACAAAACAAGAAGAUGCACAUGAAUUAUUAUGUCAAUUAUUAAGUGAACUUCAUGAAGAAAUUUGUUCAAUUUUGUAUAACACAGCAAUAAAUAAAAAUGACGAAUCCUUAACUACAUCUGAUGUAACAGCAACAAUAUCAGCCCAUAAUGGAGAAGAAAAAUCCGAAGAUUGGCUUCAAGUUGGUAAAAGAAAUCGUACACAUGUUCUUCGAACGAAUGAAAUUCGUAAAAGUCUCAUUGCGGAUAUAUUUGCUGGAAAAUUUCGUUCAACAGUACAUAUUACUGGAAAUCAAAAAUCAGUUAUACAUGAACCAUUUUUUACUCUUUCACUUGAUAUUAAAGAUCCAAAAAUCACAUCACUUGACGAAGCUCUUAUGCGUUUUUGUGAACAAUCAACACUUUCCGAUUAUAUUGAUAGUAAAACUCGACAAAAUGUUCAUACAAAUAAAACAAUGUUAAUCGAACAAUUACCACCUAUACUUAUCAUACAUUUAAAAUGUUUUCUUUAUGAUGAAUCAGAUGGAACAAAAAAAAUUAAUAAAUCAAUAAAUUAUACUGUUAAUUUAACAUUACCAAAAAGUAUAUUAACUGAACAAGCACGAAAACAUUCUUCAGAACGAUAUAAAUUAUUUGCUGUUGAAUAUCAUCAAGGUGAACGUGCAAUCGAUGGACAUUAUAUAACUGAUGUAUUUCAUCCUGGUCUUCAAGGAUGGCUUCGAUAUGAUGAUGCCAAUGUUCAAGUUGUUACAUCAAGUCAAGUGAUGAAUUCAUCAACCGAAAAAUUUACGCCUUAUUUACUUUUUUAUCGUCGCGGCGAUUAG